UUUUUGUAUAGAUAGGUUUCCAAUAACGCCAUCUUGUGUGUCAUAGACGGUAGAGAACACAGCUGAUAGGUGAAGUCUGAAGUUUUUUUCUUUCGUUAAUUUAUCCGAUUGGUCCAAAGGACUGUGGUAACGUCAUCCAAACCUAAUCAUUUGCAUCCAGAAACUGAAGACGUCCAUGCGGAAAAGCGGUUUGAAGGCUACGGUUGGAUGUGCUGCGAAUCUGCAGUGCAGUCCGGUAGCUGUCAUUCUGCAUCUUUUGUACGUCUGAUGACGAGCUCGUUGUUGAUGUUUUGCUUAGAGCGAGAAGAAGCACCGGGAAAAUAUGUAAAAUAUAUGCAGACAUUGUUUGCUAGAUUCGAAACUUAAAUGUUGUGAAACAAGUGUCGGGCCCUUCCUUUAGAUCGUCUUAGCAACCUAUUAGCAAAUGUUGUUAGCCCCUUUUAGCCAGCGAACCGGGUUCCUGUUUGAACGACUAACCACUAACCAAUGAAGAUGUGAUGUACAUAUGCCGUCCAGUGUUUGACAUCAGCACAAGAGCUACCCAAGAAGAAUGAAUGCAGAGGAAGUGGAGCUUCUCAGUGACUCCAAGUACAGGAACUAUGUGGCAGCGGUGGAUAAAGCCCUUAAGAACUUUGAGUACUCAAGCGAGUGGGCAGACCUCAUCUCUGCUCUGGGCAAGCUCAACAAGGUGUUGCAGAACAAUGCAAAAUAUCAGGUGGUUCCCAAGAAGCUGACAAUCGGCAAGCGGCUGGCUCAGUGCCUCCAUCCUGCCCUGCCCAGUGGAGUCCACCGUAAGGCCUUGGAGACCUAUGAGAUCAUCUUCAAAAUCAUCGGACCUAAGAGGCUGGCCAAAGACCUAUUUCUUUAUAGCUCUGGGCUCUUCCCUUUACUCACCAAUGCUGCCAUGUCUGUGAAGCCUGUUUUGCUGGGCCUCUAUGAGACUUACUACCUGCCACUGGGCAAGACGCUGAAGCCUGGUCUACAGGGACUCCUCACUGGAGUGCUACCUGGCCUUGAGGAGGGAUCAGAGUUCUAUGACAGAACCAACAACCUUUUGGAGAAAGUUGCAGCAGCAGUGGAGCAGUCAGCCUUCUACAGUGCCUUGUGGGGUAGCAUCCUGACCAGCCCCGCUGUGCGUCUCCCAGGGGUGUCCUUUGUUCUGCUGCACCUCAGUCGUAAGCUCUCCAUGGAGGACCAGCUCUACAUCAUGGGCAGUGACAUCGAACUCAUGGUGGAGGCUGUCAGUACAUCGGUCCAGGACUCGAGUGUUUUGGUGCAGAGAAGCACUUUAGAUUUGAUCCUUUUUUGCUUCCCCUUCCACAUGAGCCAGGCCACUCGCCCUGACAUGAUACUGAUCCUGUCAGCUGCUUUGCAUGUGGUGUUGAGGAGAGACAUGUCCCUGAACCGCAGACUCUACGCGUGGCUACUGGGUUUUGAAAACAAUGGGGUGAAAACAGGCCCCCGCACCACUCGACAGAGCAACCCAGAAGAGCACGCUUGCCACUAUUUUAACACCUUCUCAAAAGACAUGCUUGUCCAGGCAAUGGUGGGGAUAUUGCAAGGCAAAGCGCGUGGUGGAGAAGAGGAAAGUAUUCUCAUGCAUGACCUCAAACCAUUUCGCAUCCUCAUCAGUCUUCUUGACAAACCAGAGCUUGGUCCAGCAAUCUUGGAAGAUGUUCUUAUCGAAGUGUUUCGUACACUGCACACACAGUGCAAAACUGAGUUGGACCUCCAAAACCAAAGUUCUUUCAAUAAGGACCACACACACCUUAGCAGUAAACUUCGGGAGAACAAGAAGACAGCAGAACUGAUUAAAACAGCCAAUCUCCUUUUCAACUCUUUUGAGCCAUUCUACAUGUGGGACUAUAUUGCUCGCUGGUUUGAGGAGUGCUGCAGGAGGACACUGAAUGUGCAAACAAGUAUUUCAAGGCAUGCUGGGAGUUUAAAUACUCCAGAGCUCUCCUUGAUGGAGUUCUGUCAGCUGGUUGAUUUCCUAUUGGACGUUGUUUCCUUGCCUACUAGAAGCAUGAGGGUAAUCUGCCAGGAGACAUACAUCGAGAUCCAGACAGAGCAUCUUCCUCAGCUAUUGCUGCGGAUGGUGGCAGCGCUAACUUGUCAUCUGCAAACCUUGGGGCUUGGAGAGCUCACUCACUGCUUACGUCUCUGCUCCAAGAUCCUGAGCAAAGUACAACCACCAUUAGUUUCCCCUUUGGCUCUGUCCAAAAGCCCCCAGGAGCAGGGCCUUUCCAGUUCGCGAGGAAAGUCUUCAGAUUCCACAAAAGAAAAAAACAAUGAUACUGGAACUCUUCCUGUAACUUUGGAAACACAUGGAAAUGGGGAGGUAUUUAAAGAUGUACAAAAUCAACCCAAUCACUCAUCUGGAAGCGGAUUCACUGACUUUUUUCAGUACCACGAGAAUGGCCCUGAUACCGAACAACCACCUUACACUUCCGCAAUACAUAAAACAAGUGUGAGUUCCUCAGGCCCAUCUCAACCUAAACCUGUAGACAAACCAGUCAUGCAGUGCUGCUUGGAACACUUCCAGCAAUUUCUCUCUCGGCUUAUUACCUUGUAUAUAACUUCUGAACAAAUGGACAAAAACAAGAAGGAAGGAGGCGAUUCGGUACAGCCAACAAACCAUGUGUUAGACUGCACCAAACCUGGCCAUGUAGCCCAGGCUGAAUCAUGCUCAGAUUCUGUGAUGGUACAGAAAGCCUGUGUUGCUGCUUUUACUGCUGCCUGCCAGCUGUUCUUGGAGUGUUCAAGUUUUCCAGUUUACAUUGCAGAGGGGAAUCUGAAGGCCUCACCCAUACAAGAGCAAGAGUGUAACAGCAAGCAGGGAAGUCUGCCAGUUUGGCUGCAGACACUGAUGGAUGCCUCCUGCUUGACCAGCAACUUUAGUCUCCAAGGUGUAGCCAUUUCUCUCCUCAUGGACCUUGUGGGACUUACCCAGUCUGUGGCUAUGGUGACAGCUGAGGGUGUAGGAUCCAGUGGCAGCUCUGAGGUUGCCCAGCCCAUGAGUCCUAGCCAAGGUAGAGUGGCUGUCAUCAUCAGGCCCCCACUUACUCAGGGAAUCCUGAAGUAUAUUGCACACAAGACAGACUUCUUCAAGAAUGUAGCUCUGAUCCUGUGGGAUCAGUUGAAUGAAGGAACACCUCAACACCAUCAAAGAAGUGUAGAGCUUUUCUAUCAGCUCCACAACCUUGUACCUUCUUCCAGCAUCUGUGAAGAUGUGAUCAGCCAACAGCUCAUGCACAGCGACAAGAGAAUUCGGCUAGAAGCCCAUGUGAAGUUUUCUGUGCUAUGGCACUUGACACGAGAUUUAAACAUGACCAAAUCUUCCCCUUUUAACCGGACAUUUGACAGGUCUCUUUUCAUCAUGCUAGAUAGCCUGAGUUAUUGGGAUCCAUGUACAAGUUCCGUUGGCCGGGCAUGGCUUAAUCAGGUCCUUCAGCGGCAUGACAUUGCUCGGGUUCUCGAGCCGCUACUUCUCCUUCUACUGCACCCAAAAACCCAUAGAGUUUCCAUUCAAAAAGUGCAAGCUCAACGCCAUUGGGCCCAGGUUUUUCCUGGUGUUCCUGAGCAGGAGUCAUUGGAACCUACAGACACCAGAGACUCGGGCUUCUCCGAAAACCUCAGUCAUAUACGAGUGGACAGAAUGGCACAAGGAGAGUUCCCUGGUCUGGAAGUCGGUGACAUGGAGCCUUUUUGUCUCACUGUUAACCCUCUUAGUGACAGUUUGUCUGUAUUGAGUCUGAGCAGUGAAAAUCUACAACUAACUGGUGGAUUACAGCCUGCUGAACAGCAGGAGCAGCAGCAUUCCUCUGAAUCGAUUGGUUCCCAUUCCUCUCCAGUAGAAAAUGAAAGUUUUGAUGAGCCAGAGGUUGUAAACAGCCCAUCCAAUACUUCAGAGGCACAGCCUGCUUCCUCAGAUUAUUUGUCUGAAGACUCAGUAGAGGAGGUUGUUUUCUCUGUUGUAAAUGAUCUUAUCAUAAAUGUUUCGAGGUUAGUAGCUGAGGAGACUCUUGAUGUGCCAAUUCAGUCUGAAGAUUGGCCCCAAUCAGACUCUGAGAGCACUUCCUCAGAAACGUCCAUUAGUCCCCAUCUUGAUUCUGGACCUACUCACAGCUCCAACCACCAGACACUGCCAGAGAUGCUAGCUGAAGGAACAUUGGAAUUCCUUGGUGUUCCUUCUUCUAAUUUAGUGGCAGAGGAGCAGCACAGGGAGGGCAUCACCCGGCACAGUUCUUCACCUUCAAUUGUCACAUUACCUGAUAGCUCAGACCAAGCUAUUUCAGACCUGAACCUACAAGUGGACAACACCGAAGCACACAAACGUAGCCAGAGCAGCACUCAGCUCAGCCUUAAAGGCAAAAUCAUGGAGAAACUGGCUGACAAAUCCACAGUGGUUAAGCCUAAAACCAAAAAGUCCAGAAGGAAAGAGGUGGAGAGACAGAGAAAGACAGCAAGCCAGGCUGAAAAAACACAAACACCCAGUAUAUUCUUUGGGGAUAGCCUAGAUCUGGAGAACUGGUAUAGCUGUGGGGAAGGUGAGGUAUCAGAAAUUGAAAGUGACACUGGCUCCCCCAGUGGAUGUUCAGCUGAGAAUGUCGGAGGUGUGAGUGUCUCAGGACGUAGAUCAUCUUUGGUCCCACCUCGCUUCAAUAUUCAUCCUCUCUACCAGCAUGUUCUUUUAUAUCUCCAGUUAUAUGACUCCUCCAGGACCCUGCAUGCACUGUCGGCAGUUGCAGCUAUGCUAAGGUCGGCUCCCUCGGGGUUUGUAAGUGCUAUUUCAACUACCAGUAUCAACAACACCUACACCCCCCAGCUGUCUUUGCUCCAAAAUCUCUUAGCUCGUCACAGGGUCUCUGUCAUGGGUAAAGACUUCUACUGUCCUAUCCCACAAGAGUCCCACUCCCACUCAUUUCGCAGUGCCAUGUAUCUGGAAAUUAUUAUAUCACUCUGUCUGUACUUUCUAAGAAGCUUCUACUCUACCCAUGUGACGGCAGGCCCUCAGGACUUGGCUGGGAACCGAGCCAUGCAGCUGACCAGUAUAGAAGUCUUAACUCUUCUUUUCAGUGAGCUGGCCAAGGUCACAGGGGGCUCAGCAAAGGGAUUUGCUAGUUUCAUCUAUGAUGUCAUGUCUAAGUGUAAAGUUCAGAAGGUGGUUCUCCAUUGCCUGCUCUCCUCUAUAUUCAGUGCCCAGAAAUGGCAUGACCAACAGGCGGCAGGUGUCAAUAUGUCCAUGGUGGAGGAAGGUCUGUCAGAAGACAGUGUUAUCAACUUGUCAGAGGACGAGAUGGACAGUUGCAGUGCAGUCCAGUCCCAAUUACUAAGAUUGCUUCAGAGCUUAGUUGUACUUGAGCACAGAGUUUUGGCACCAGCAGAAGAAGGAGGAGAACCUACAGCAGGAACGGUGGGAGGUGUAGGACCAGGCGGCAACACAGGGACUGGUUUUGAGAUGUUAGGUGGGGAAGUAGAGCAUGUCAACCCUCAGCAACCAAUGACAUCAUUACAGUACCUUCAUGGACAGCCGAUCACAGCGCAGGGCAUGUUUUUAUGUGCUGUGAUCAGAGCACUGCAUCAACACCAUGCGUGCAAGAUGCACCCUCAAUGGAUUGGACUCAUCACAGCCACACUGCCGUACAUGAGGAGGAUUCUAAGAAGGGUGGUUGCAUCAGUUACUCUGCAGCUUUGCCGGAAUUUGGACAAUCUUCUUCACCAGUACCAGUAUGAGUCUGGGAUUACCGACACCAGACCCCAGUGGAUGGCUCUCUGUAUUCCUCCUGACCUGUUACUGACAGUACUAGAGGGGAUCACUGCAAUUAUCCACUACUGCCUCCUUGAUCCUACUUCUCAGUAUCACCAGUUAGAAGUGAGUGUUGAUCAGAAACACCUGGCUGAGGCUCGUUUAGGAAUCCUGUCCAUUCUCCACACAAUCAUGUCUUCUGUCACACUACUGUGGAGUGUCCUCCAUUAUGCUGACAGCUCUGACAAACCAGCUGCUGCUUCUGCUGAUUCUACUUCAAACAUCAAUCUGGGCUCCACUAAGAAAAUUCGUCAGCAAAUCCUUGAGCUGCUUGGCCCAAUCUCCAUGAACCAUGGCGCUCACUUCAUGGCAGCCAUUGCCUAUGUUUGGAAUGAAAGGAAAAUGGUCAAGACACCAGUCAGAAAUAAAGUGAUUCCUGUCGCCAGUGAUGAACAACUAUUGCUGGUUGAGCUGGUUCGCUCUGUGAGUGCCAUGCGCACUGAAACGGUCAUGAACACCGUCAAAGAGGUCUUGAAGCAGCCGCCAGGCAUUGGAAAGGAUAAGAAACACCUUUCCUUGGAGGUCUGCAUGCUGCAGUUCUUCUAUGCAUAUGUCCAGAGGAUCUCUGUAUCCACGUUAGUGGACAGCUGGCCUUCUCUCCUGGCUCUUCUCAAAGACUCCGUGCAGUUAGGCUUGCCUGCCCCAGGACAGUUUUUAAUACUUGGAGUUCUGAAUGAAUUCAUUUUGAAAAACCCCAAUCUGGAAAGUAAGAAAGACCAGCGAGAGCUCCAGGAUGUGACCCAUAAAGUUGUGGAGGCCAUUGGGACAAUUGCCGGUUCUUCUCUGGAGCAAACUACAUGGCUAAGGAGAAACCUGGAGGUUAAGGCCUCUCCUCAGAUAGUUGUGGAUGGAACUAACCUUGAAGCAGAUGUUGAAGAUUUAUUACUCACAGUCAUGGAGGCCUCCAGCUUCACCCCAUCUGUCUACAGUGUUCAUGCCCUCACACUGCUGGCUGAGGUGCUGGCUCACUUGUUGGACAUGGUGUUCUAUAGUGAUGAGAAGGAACGGGUUAUACCACUACUGGUCAAUAUCAUGCACUAUGUUGUUCCCUACUUACGCAACCACAGCACUCACAACGCUCCCAGCUACAGGGCCUGCAUCCAACUGUUGAGCAGUCUAAGUGGGUACCAGUACACACGUCGCGCCUGGAAAAAGGAGGCCUUUGACCUCUUUAUGGACCCUACCUUCUUCCAGAUGGACUCAUCUUGUGUCAGCCACUGGAGGGCAAUAAUUGACCAUUUGAUGACACAUGACAAGACCACAUUCAGGGACCUUAUGACACGUGUGGCUGUAGCCCAGAGCAGCUCCCUGAGUCUGUUCACCAACAGAGAUGCUGAGCUGGAGCAGAGAGCCAUGUUGCUGAAGCGCCUGGCCUUCACCAUAUAUAGUAGUGAAGUGGACCAGUACCAAAAAUACCUCCCUGAUAUACAAGAGCGCCUGGUGGAGAGCCUGCGUUUGCCUCAGGUGCCCAUCCUCCAUGCUCAGGUGUUCUUGUUCUUCAGGGUGCUGCUGCUGCGCAUGUCACCUCAACACCUCACCUCAUUAUGGCCCACCAUGAUCACUGAAUUGGUUCAGGUGUUUCUAUUAAUGGAGCAAGAGCUAACAGCAGAUGAGGACAUAUCAAGGACAUCAGGGCCAUCUGUGGCCGGCUUGGAAGCCACUUAUUCUGGAGGGAAUGGCUUCUCAACAUCUUACAACAGUCAACGCUGGCUCAACCUCUAUCUGUCGGCUUGCAAGCUGCUGGACUUGGCCUUGGCACUGCCACCUGAAAGCCUGCCUCAAUUCCAAAUGUACCGGUGGGCCUUCAUCCCAGAAGCCUCAGAUGAUUCUGGAAUGGAAGUUAGACGGCAAGGGACUCACCAGCGGGAGUUUAAACCCUAUGUGGUCAGAUUAGCCAAACUGCUGAGGAAACGAGCUAAGAAAAAUCCAGAAGAUGACUGCUUCACUCGAACCCUUUCCUGGGAGCCAGGCCACCUGAUGCUAACACUCUAUGUAAUCCGCAGCAUGGAGCAGCUGCUUCCUUUCUUCAACUUACUCAGCCAGGUGUUUAACAGCAAAGUCGGCAGCCGGUCAGGUCCUGCUUAUGCCCACAACCAUGCAUUUGGUUCCUUUCCUGGCCAAAAGGAGGGCCACAAACUGGAGAGCCAGAAGGUUUUCUGGAGUCGAGCUCGACAAAGCAUUGAGGAAAUGGUAGAGAAAGACUUUCUUGAAGGUCUUAUCAAGACGUGAAAUUACAGGGGCUUUAUAUAUUCUGAUCAGCACUAGUGAAAAACCUCAAUGUGUAUUGCAACAAAGAACUACAAUUGAGGGAAAAUAAUUUGUACAUCUUUGGGUAUUUAUAAUUAUUUUACAUUUCAAAAGGUAUUUGAUUUUAAUUAUUUGUACAAAGUGAGAUGCCUUGAUGGCUGACUUUUAAUAUUUUGUGUUAGUCCUGCAGGACCAAGAAAACAUGCUCUGCCAUUCCAUAGCGAUGUGACUUAUUAAAGAUUUCUAACAGGAGGGCCUCAAUUGAUGUUGCUUUCCUUUGACACAGUUUGCAGUUGCUUGGCAUGGGCUUUGCUGACUUCCAGCAUUUUACUGCCUGUGAAAUAACUCAAUCGGCAGUUAAUUAGGUCUAAGCCUUUCUAUGUGGUAAAUCUCGAAAGCAAUUUUGCUACUGUGGUAUAUUCUCUCCAAAGAAUAAACGACCAUUCUGCCAAAACCUUUGUGGAAUUCCUUAUAGUUCAGACCCAUAAUGGACUUCUCCAGAUUAAUUGUAUACAGUAAUAUCAAAGGUAGCAUUCAAUGCAGGACACAUCAUAGAAAAUUCUACUGAGUGACCACAUCAUUAGGUAUGUCUACCCAAUUGAAAGAUCCAAUAAAAGUGUCAUCAA